AUGAUGGAUGGUUUUGCUGAUGAUUUUAGUUAUAAAGAAAACCCACAGAAGGAGAAGAUUUCAGAGAGGAUGCUUGGAUGGCAUCUUACACGUGGUAAAGGAGAGGAGAUUGAGCACUCUGACUCUGACAAAGAGGCCUCUCACAAUCUCAUUCCUCGUCUCACUAGUAGACAAGAGGUUUCUGGUGAGUUUUCUGCUGCUUCACCUGAACGUCUGUCUGUAUCUUCUAUUACAGCUGGUGUAAAGCAGCUUCCUUAUUCGUCUGAUGUCAAUCAUUCACCAAACAGAAGGGUUUUGGAUCCUGUUAGGGAUUUUGGUUCAACAGGGUUAGGCAAUGUAGCCUGGAAGGAGAGAGUUGACGGUUGGAAAAUGAAGCAGGAGAACAAAUCCGGUCCUGUGAGCACUCAAGCUGCUUCUGAAAGGGAUAUUGAUGCCUCCACUGAUGUCUUUGUUGAUGAGGCUUUGCUGAAUGACGAAGCUCGGCAGCCUCUUUCAAGAAAAGUGUCGAUUCCAUCAUCACGGAUAAAUCCCUACAGAAUGGUUAUAAUGCUGCGGCUUGUAAUCCUAUGUCUCUUCCUGCAUUACCGUGUCACAAACCCUGUGCCAAAUGCAUUUGCUCUGUGGCUGGUAUCAGUGAUAUGCGAGAUCUGGUUCGCCUUAUCAUGGAUUCUGGAUCAGUUCCCAAAGUGGUUUCCUGUUAACCGGGAAACAUACCUUGAUAGACUAUCUUUAAGGUACGAUCGUGAAGGCGAACCAUCACAGUUAGCCGCUGUGGACAUUUUUGUGAGUACUGUUGACCCCUUGAAGGAGCCUCCUUUGGUGACAGCCAACACAGUACUCUCUAUUAUGGCGGUUGAUUACCCUGUGGAUAAGGUGUCUUGUUAUGUUUCUGAUGAUGGUGCUGCUAUGCUAUCAUUUGAAUCACUAGCAGAAACAUCCGAGUUUGCACGGAAAUGGGUACCUUUCUGCAAGAAAUAUAAUAUUGAGCCUCGAGCACCAGAGUGGUACUUUGCUCUGAAAAUUGAUUACUUGAAGGAUAAAGUUCUUCCAUCAUUUGUCAAAGAUCGCAGAGCUAUGAAGAGGGAGUAUGAGGAAUUCAAGAUCCGAAUCAAUGCACUUGUUGCCAAGGCCCAGAAAGUCCCUGAGGAAGGCUGGGUUAUGCAAGAUGGUACGCCAUGGCCUGGAAACAACACAAGGGACCAUCCAGGAAUGAUCCAGGUUUUCUUGGGACAAAAUGGUGGACUGGACGCAGAGGGCAACGAGCUUCCACGUUUGGUCUAUGUUUCUAGGGAAAAGCGACCAGGGUUCCAGCAUCACAAAAAGGCUGGUGCUAUGAACGCACUUGUUAGAGUUUCAGCAGUCCUUACUAAUGGACCCUUUUUAUUGAAUCUCGACUGUGAUCAUUACAUAAAUAACAGCAAGGCCUUGAGAGAAGCAAUGUGCUUCCUAAUGGACCCAAACCUUGGGAAGCAAGUGUGUUAUGUCCAGUUCCCACAGAGAUUUGAUGGUAUCGAUAGAAAUGAUAGAUAUGCUAAUCGUAAUACCGUUUUCUUCGAUAUCAAUUUGAGAGGCUUAGAUGGGAUUCAAGGACCUGUAUAUGUGGGAACUGGGUGUGUUUUCAACAGAACUGCAUUAUAUGGUUAUGAACCUCCAGUGAAACUAAAACAGAAGAAAGCUAGUGUUUUAUCUAGACUUUGUGGAGGAUCAAGAAAGAAGGAUUCCAAAUCUAAAAAGGACUCUGACAAAAAGAAAUCUGGCAAGCACACGGACUCAACCAUUCCUAUAUUCAACCUUGAUGAUAUAGAAGAGGGAGUGGAAGGUCCUGGUUUGGACGAUGACAAGGCACUCUUGAUGUCGCAAAUGAGCCUGGAGGAACGAUUUGGACAAUCCCAUGUUUUCGUUGCUUCUACCCUUAUGGAAAAUGGAGGUGUUCCUCCAUCUGCAACUCCAGAAAACCUUCUUAAAGAAGCCAUCCAUGUCAUUAGCUGUGGAUACGAGGACACAACAGAAUGGGGAACUGAGAUUGGAUGGAUCUAUGGCUCUGUUACAGAAGAUAUCCUCACCGGAUUCAAAAUGCAUGCCCGUGGUUGGAGGUCGAUUUACUGUAUGCCCAAAAGACCAGCAUUCAAAGGCUCUGCUCCAAUCAAUCUUUCUGAUCGACUGAACCAAGUCCUCCGGUGGGCUCUAGGUUCAGUCGAGAUUCUCUUCAGUAGGCAUUGUCCAAUCUGGUACGGUUAUGGAGGGAGGCUGAAAUUUCUUGAGAGGUUUGCAUAUGCAACACCACAAUUUACCCAAUCACCUCCAUUCCUCUCCUCAUGUAUUGCACAUUACCUGCCGUUUGUCUCUUCACCAACCAAUUCAUCAUUCCUCAGAUAA